AAAUGUUGCGUGGAAAUACAGGAGAGGGUAGGAGUCAAAUGAAACUAAAAGACAGAGAAAUCAAGGAGGAGAGAGUGAGGGAAAGAGAAUUGGAGAAAAAAACAUCUCAAGAUAAUCUUCAAACAGAGAUUACCGAGCACUUCACCCACCCACAUCCCCUCACAUAUACUGAGUCUGAGUAUAAACAAUAUCGUUGUAAUUCUUGCACAGGUUAUGGGAAAGGAAAGAGAUACCGUUGUGCCCAAUGCAACUUUGAUCUGCACAAGGUUUGUGCUCAAAGCCCCAUCGUGUGGCUCUUGCACAAAAUGCCAUCAGAAGAGAUUGAAAGGUUUGGGAUCCAUCAUGACACCAUUGAGACUUUCGCCCAUCCCCAACACUCGAUGACUUCUGAGUACAAACAGAAGCUUUUCAGGUGUGACCACUGCAAGAAUGUUGGGGAUGGCCUAAGGUAUUAUUGUGAAGCAUGUAAUGUCACGUUACACCAGGUCUGUGCUGAGCAACCAACCCGACUAAUUUCCCACCUGCACCCCCAACACGAGCUUGAACUGAAGCUCAGGCCACAUUUUAAAUACUGUGAACUAUGUGGAACAAAAGGGAGUGACAGAAAUAAUCUAGUGUACACAUGUAAAGAUUGUGAAUUCUUCAUGCACCCUGAGUGCAGCCAGUUACCACUGUACUUGCUUCAUCCACUGCACUCUCCCCAUCCACUUGUGCUUCAGAGAUCAUGCAGUGAUUAUCGUUGUUCUGCUUGUUCGGAAUGGAAGACAUAUGGCUCUAAGUAUAGCUGUACACAGUGUGGUCUUGAUUUUGAUCAUACUUGCAUAUUAAAGAAGUCUGUAAUUGGUCUAGACGAUGAAGUGAGACAGAAUCACAUAGAGCAUAAAAUUACAGUACUGCCAGUUGUGAAUCUAAUAUCUUCAUAUUCACAUAUUGCAUCCCCAAGGGAUCCGUCAACAGCAAGUACUACUGUCAACUUCAGACUUCCAGCAUCAAGUAUUAUUGAGAGUUUACUUGAAAGUUAGUUCCAUUAUCCACUCGAUUGAUUGCAUUAUGCAGUUGAUAUUCUAUCCUUUUUUUAAAAAUUGUUUGGAUGUAAAUAUGGUGUCUGAUGUGUGGUGUUUUGGUAUACAUGAUUGUGGUUUUUGAAAGAUAAUAUGAAAAUUAUGUGAGUAAAGGAAUAUGGUUUGAAGCACUGAUUUCUUGAUGUACAAAAUAUUGUAAUUGUGUUUCAAUUUGAAAAACAAAAACAAAGAUAUUACUCUUGUGAUA